AUGGCACCGCUGCACAGUAUCCCUUCUACAAUGCGAGCGGCGGUGAUUGAGGAAUUCCAAAAGCCGUAUCAAUUCCGAGAAAUCCCGACCCCAGGAAAACCAACCGGCCAUGACCUACUGAUUAAAGUCUUAGCCGCUUCUUACUGUCACACAGAUGCAGUAUUGGUUGAAGGCAAGAUGUCUCAAGAUUUGCCACGGAUUGGAUGCCACGAAUUUGCAGGUCGUGUCGUAGCCGCAGGUUCAGAUGUUUCGAAAGAUCUCAAUAUUGCAAUUGGCGACGAAGUUGGAGUUCCUGGCCGAGCGUAUCAUCCAUGCGGAACCUGCAAUGAAUGCAUACUGGAUCAUGGCGACCCUGAGGGUUACUCGCCAUAUUGCACUGAAGCGAAAAACCUUGGGCUCACAAUGGACGGCGGAUUCUGCGAGUACGCUUUAGUUGACAGUCGGCAAGUCGCACCUAUUCCGGAGGGUAUGACGGCUUUAGAAGCAGCACCUCUUAUGUGCGCCGGACUAACUAUAUGGUCCGCGCUUGAGCGUGUUAAAGAGGCCAGUACCAUCGCGAUAAUUGGUGCGGGUGGUGGACUUGGUCAUCUUGGUGUUCAGUUUGCGGCUCAUCUUGGAAAGCGGACAGUCGCUGUAGACAGAGGCGAUGGGCCUCUGAAGCUGUUAAAAACCUUGGUUGAUCAGAUGGGCCCUUCGACUCCGGGGAGUACACUGCUAGUGGACUCUCUUGUACAUGACGCAAAGUACGUGGUACAAGAUGUUAUGAAUGGUGGAGUGGAAGCAGUAGUGUUUCUACCAGAGUCUCAGGCAGCAUUUGCUUAUGGCAUGCAGCUACUGAGAAACCACGGUACUAUGGUGGUAGUGAGCUUCCCUGGUGAGCUAAGAUUCAGUGCCAAAGACCUGGUAUUUCGAGACAUCAAGGUCAUCGGAAGCUUGGUGGGACGAAACCAUCAGCUGAGGCAAAUGCUUAAUUUCGCUGCUAAGAACAAAAUUGAGGCUGUCACGACACUAUAUGCUCUAGAGGAUUUGAAUGACCUUGUCAAUCAACACCGUACUGGAAUGGGCGGGAAACUCGUUGUGGACAUGAACCAAAAAGGCAACGGUGGAAAACCUCUGACCUAA